AUGGAAAGCAUUAUUCCCCUUGUUGGUAUCAUGGCAACGGCUGUUGUAUCCCCUUCUGAGGUUGAAAUUAUCCUUCAACGGGAUAUGCUGAUGGUAUUCAAGCCGGUGCAUCCUGAUGAGCAGAAAUUCGUAGAUACUGCAUUGGCACUCGUGAAAGAAGCAGGGCGGCUUGUCCGUGAUGCGUUCGAUCAACCGAAUUGUGUUGUCAAAACCAAAGCGUCCAACGUCGAUCUUGUCACGGAGACGGACCAAGCGGUUGAGAAAUUGUUGAUUCAAGGUCUCUCGAAGGCAUUUCCUGACCACAAGUUCAUUGGUGAAGAAUCGACCGCUAAUGGCGCCGCUAUCGAAUAUACUAACGCACCCACUUGGAUUAUCGACCCCAUCGAUGGUACGACAAAUUUUGUUCACAGGAUUCCUCUUGUUGCUAUAUGCGUCGGUCUAGCUAUCAAUAAGGAGCUUAGAGCAGGAAUUGUGUACAAUCCUAUAUCAAGGGAAUUGUACUUUGCUCAGGUUGGCUGCGGAGCGUUCAAAAAUGGAUUCCCAAUUCACGUGUCUAACACGACUGCUCUCAAUCGUUCACUGAUAAUGGCGUCGCUAGCGAUCCAUAACUAUAAUACCUUUGGUCCAAGUUGGUUGGAUAAAGCUCAAAGCAACAUGCGACGUCAAGUUGAAGCUGCGAUAUCGAACAGUGUUGUCAUCACCCAGCUGGGAUCACAUCGCUAUCCAGAAAUGCUGCAUUCCUAUACUUCCUCGUAUAAGACACUGAUGGUUGACCAGAAUUGCCAUGGGCAUCGUUGUUUUGGAUCGGCAGCGAUCAACAUGAUGAUGGUAGCGCAAGGCGGAUGUGAUGCGAUGGUUGAGUACGGCAUUCAUGCUUGGGAUGUGGCAGCAGCAGCGGUGAUCGUUAGUGAAGCCGGUGGCUGUUUAAUCGAUCCAACAGGUGGACCAUUCAAUGUGAUGUCUCGUAAGGUCCUUUGUGCAAGCACAAUGGAACUGGCACGAAGUUUAAGUGGUCUCCUUACGCAUGCCGAAUAUGAACCUGAAGGCUAG